AUGGCGGUGGUGGGGGAAGCGGGCGCCCGCUGGCUGCCCACACGAGAGGGGCUGUGCACCAGCCAGGCACCCGCGUGGGGGUGGGGGAACUAUGAGACCUUAUUGGAAAGCUGCCUGAGUAAUCACUGCCUCUUUGAAGAUAACAGCUUUCCAGCGACCCUGAGCUCCAUUGGCCAAGGACCUCUGCUGAAGAAGCUGCCACGUCACCUGCAGUGGAAAAGACCUCCAGAGCUGCACAGCAAUCCCCAGUUCUUUUCCCCCAAAGCCAAAAAGCUGGACCUGUGCCAAGGAGUGGUAGGGGACUGCUGGUUCUUAGCUGCUUUGCAAGCUCUGAGCCUGCACCAGGACAUCCUGAGCCAAGUCGUUCCCAUGAAUCAGAGUUUCACUGACAACUACGCUGGCAUCUUCCAGUUCUGGUUCUGGCAGUUCGGGAGCUGGAUUCCUGUGGUGAUAGAUGAUCGUCUGCCUGUGAAUGAGGCUGGCCAGCUGGUCUUUGUCUCCUCCAUCUACAAGAACUUGUUCUGGGGAGCUCUUCUGGAAAAAGCUUAUGCCAAGCUGUCUGGCUCCUAUGAAGACUUACAAAUGGGGCAAGUGUCCGAAGCCCUUGUGGACUUCACUGGGGGAGUGACGAUGGUCAUCAACCUGGCAAAAGCCCCUGAUAAUUUGUGGGAACUCCUAGCCAAAGCCACCUGCAGUAGAACCCUCAUUGGCUGCCAGACUCAUUUAGGGGAGAGGGUGCUAGAGAACGGGUUGGUUCAUGGCCAUGCCUAUACGCUCACAGGAAUCAGGAAGGUGACCUGCAGACGGAUACCUGAAUAUCUCGUGAAGCUGAGGAACCCCUGGGGGAAGGUGGAAUGGAAAGGAGACUGGAGUGACAGCUCCAGUAAAUGGGAGUUGCUGUGUCCCAAAGAGAAGAUCUUACUGCUGAGAAAAUAUGAUGACGGAGAAUUCUGGAUGAAUCUGCAUGACUUCAAAGUGCAUUUCGGGUUGCUGGUCAUCUGUAAACUGACUCCAGGCCUGCUGAGUCAUGAGGUUGGCCAGAGGUGGACACACACCAUUCGAGAGGGGAGAUGGGUCAAGGGGAGCACAGCUGGUGGCAGACUGAAAUGGUCCCAAGGCACAUUUUGGAAGAACCCGCAAUUCCUGCUGUCCGUCUGGAAACCCGAGUUGGGCCAGCGGUCCCUGUAUCCUUGCAAAGUGCUGGUGUCUCUUCUCCAGAAGCCCCGGCACAGGCACCGCCUCCGGACGCCACACCUCCCCAUUGGCUUCUACCUCUUCAGGGUAGGAAAAUACAGCGGUGAUCAGCAGAGACUGCCUCCCGAGUUCUUCCAGGAAAAUCCUCCCGUGAGCCAACCGGAGACAUUUGAAACAAACAAAGAAGUGAGCCAAGAGCUAUCGCUGGACCCAGGAUCAUACGUCAUUGUGCCCUGCACAUCCGAGCCUCACCAAGAGCUGGAGUUUAUCCUGAGGGUCUUCUCCAGGAAGCACAUAUUUCAUGAAAUUGGCAGUCAUUCCAAUGUUGUCUUCUGCAAGGAAAUAGUUGACAAAAAUGAAGGGCAAGAUGAAUUCUUUACCAAACUUUUUGAAAAGUAUCCAGAAAUAAAUGCAGUUCAACUACAGGAGAUCCUGAACCAAAUGACCUGGCCAGAUCUGAGGAACACACAGCCCUUCUUCAGCCUUGAAGCAUGCCAGGGGAUCCUGGCCCUACUGGAUCUUAAUGCAUCUGGUACUGUGAGCAUCCAGGAAUUCAGGGACCUGUGGAAGCAGCUGAUUCUCUAUCAGAAGGUUUUCCACAACCAAGAUAGUAACCAGUCAGGAUGCCUGGACUGGGACCAGCUGCGGGGUGCUGUGAAGGAGGCAGGAAUCAUGUUCAGUGAUGAAGUCUGCAAGCUGAUGCUCAUCCGCUAUGGCGACCCCACUCUGCAGAUGGACUUUGUGCGUUUUGUCCUCCUGAUGCUGCGUGCAGAGAACAUGGAGGAUGCCUUCCAAAACUUGACCCAAGAUGGCAAAGGGAUAUACCUCCAGAAGACAGAGUGGUUGAUGAUGACUCUCUACUCCUGA